AUUCCUGUCGCUUGUAAUACUAUGAUCCUAUUCUAGUCUGAAUUGAUAAGGUAGUGAAUCUCUGGUUGUAGGACAAAUUCUUCGAGCGGAUGUUGGAUCUAUACUACAUAUUACCCGUGAUUCUAUCAUCGACGAGAUGUGAUUUGCUGUUGAUGGGCAAACAAUGCGAAAAAAUUCUUAUAGUUAUUCAGCCUAAAACGUGUUGUUAAUAUGUGUAUAAUAAUUUUAAUAUCUAAUAUUAGUCUUGGAUAACUUUCCCAUGUAAAGAUUUGAUAUAUUAAUGUUUUUAAUGAACGAAAGAGGGUGUUUCAAGUUUCUAAUCUUUGUAUCAGAAUGCAAUUAUACGCACGCGAAAGUACACACUGGUAAAGCAGUCAAAAAAACAUGCAUAACCUGUGACGCAAUUUCUAAUCUUCGAAUUAUUUAGUGAUUAUUAUCAAGAUAAAACGUACGCCAUCAAAUUAUACAUUUAUGUACAAAGUCAGUCGUAACAAUGGCCGUGCCUCCUUCUUUUAGUGUUGGUGACAUCGUGCAUUUAAAUGUUGGUGGAACAAGGUUUUCAACGUCAAAACAGACAUUAACAUGGGUCCCAGAUUCAUUUUUCACAGCUUUGUUGAGUAAUCGAAUUGCUAGUCACAGAGAUGAAAUUGGAGCAUUAUUUAUAGACAGAGAUCCAAAGUUGUUUUCUAUUAUAUUGAAUUAUUUACGUACAAAAGAGAUCGAUAUAAAAAAUAUAGAUCUUCGAACGUUAAGGCACGAAGCUGAAUAUUAUGGUAUUACACCAUUAGUUAAGCGUUUAAUGUUGUGCGAAGAUUUAACUCAGUCUUCUUGCGGAGAUGUAUUGUUUUAUGGGUAUUUAAUACCUCCGAGUAUACCAUUGCAAGAACCUGCUACCAUCUCAUCGAAUGUAGGAGAUGUAUCCAUUCAUGGUAGAGCUACUACUAAUAAUACUAAUUCUAGGGUAGAUGUACCAUCCACUUCACAAAAUCAAAACACAACUUCCACGAGUUCUAGCACUAAUUACAACAAUAAUGGACAACAAAACCAUAAAGGAGCGCUCGGAACGCAUGUAAGAAAUUCUUCAUUGGAUUGUAGAAUCCAACAAAGAGGCUUACCACACUCGCGUACUUCGUCUCUCGAUUUAAGACACGUUAGAAAUAAUUCAGCCGAUUUAAAUAAGUUAUAUAAAAAUGACAUAAGUUUAGUGUUCGGCCCCCAACAAGUUUCAUCAUGGGUGGAUCCUUUAAGAGUUCAAAUCAUAAAAGCACAUCACAAUUGGAUUGUAAUUGCUUAUGCACAUUUUAUAAGGUGUUAUCGACUUAAAGAUCCAUCAGGAUGGCAACAUGCAUUCACUAGUCCACAUAUCGAAUCGAUAAUCGAAAGGGUCGCAAUAACUUCGAAAAUGAACACUAGUCUCGAUACCAAAAUGGUUGCCAUUUCUUAUGGAAAUCAAGUGAGAUUAUGGAACGUUUCAACAAACGGGAAAAAUACUAACAUUGGUACAUUUAACUUAAACGUACGCGUGGAAUAUUUAUUUUUUAUUGGAAGACAAUUGGUUGCUUUAUCCCCGACCGAUAAAAUUGGAGUAUGGCACGCUACGACGCAUCAUUGGCAAAUACAAGACGUAGUGCCGAUUUUAUCAUUCGAUACAGCUGGUUCGUUUCUUCUAUUGGGUUGUAACAAUGGAUCUAUUUAUUAUAUUGACAUGGAAAAAUUCCCUUUGAGAAUAAAGGAUAACGAUCUACUUGUAACUGAACUGUACCGUGACCCAAAUUAUGAUCCCAUUACAGCCAUAUCCGUUUAUUUAACACCAAAAACAUCACAAGCUCUCUGUGGUAAUUGGAUUGAAAUUGCGUAUGGCACAAAAUCUGGCAGUGUGAGGGUCAUAGUUCAACAUCCCGAAACGCUAGGGCAUGGUCCACAAUUAUUUCAAACGUUUACGGUACAUCAAAGUAGCGUGACGAAAGUGACAUUGUCAGAAACGUAUUUAGUAUCAGUCUGUUCCGAAUACAAUCACGUUAGGAGUUGGGCAGUAAAGAGAUUCCGCGGGAUGAUCUCUACUCAACCUGGAUCAACGCCUGAAGCUAGUUUUAAAAUUGUAUCUUUAGAAGCUAUCGAACCUUGGAUCAGUUACAGUGCUGGCAAUGAUUUUGGACCAUUCGGAGGACAAUACGAUGAACAAGUAUUCGUUCAAAAAGUUAUACCCGAGACUGAUCAGUUAUUCGUUCGUUUAGCAUCAAAUGGAAAGAGGGUUUGCGUAAUCAAAUCAGUGGAUGGUAGUAUUAUAACUUCAUUUUAUGUACACGAAUGCGAAGGGUCUAGCCGCAUGGGUUCAAGACCUAGGCGUUUUAUAUUUACUGGACAUUCUAAUGGUACCAUUCAAUUGUGGGAUCUUGCAACAGCUUUAGAGCCAUCUUUUUCUUCUACACAAAAUGUUUCUGGUGGACCUACGCCAGAAGAACUUUGGAAACUGUUGGAUCAGUGUGAUUUAAGUAAUAGUUAUUCAUCGACACCAUGCAUUAGUCCGUGUCCUUCGCUUAUAUCAUCAGGGCCAAGCAUAAAGACAAGUAAUGUAUUGUUUCUCAAUCAGUCACAAAACUGUGACAAAACAGAGACAGCACCCGGACCUAGCCAAGCAUGAAGAUAAUAUGAAAAGUGUAUUUUACAGAAAUUUUACCAUUUUCUACAUUUUUUAUGUCAUUAUACGUAACCGAAGCUUCGCUAAUAGUGUCUGCAUUUAUUUAUUUGUUUAUUUAUUUAUUACGGGUUAUUUACGCGUAAAAGUCUGCAGUGACAGUUCCUAGCAUAACGAUUUUAUUAAUAUUUCUGUUUGUAAUAAUUUUCUGAGAAAAUAAGAAAUAUAAUAUGAAAGUGAUAUAAUUAGUGUCUAGUAUAAGUACUGUAAUGGUAAAAUUGUAGAUAUAUUUGAGGUAAAAUAACAGCGUCGUUUGAAUUUUAAAAACAAAUACAUCUUUCACAUCAAUUAAAAUUUUACAAUCUAUUGUUCUUGGGUAAAAAAUUUAACAUUAGAUUUGAGGUACAAUGUAUAAUUAUUUAAAUUAUUCUAAAAUUAACGAAGUAAGAGUGUUUCGAGAUUAACAAUUGGUAUAUUAUACAAGUUGAGAGUUCAUUUAUAUUUACAUAUUCUAUAUUACUAUGUUAUAAAAUAAAUGAAUCCAUCCAUGUUGUAAAUUCCAUUUUUUACCGUAUUUAAAAUAUAACAACAGAUUUUGUUGAAGAAAUUCACAGUCUGAAGUAAUGUAAAUAUUUAUACAAAACAGUAGUGCCCAUAUAAAUGACCGCGGUUAUCCCCACCAAUUCUUACAAGCCAAGUGGCUUCGAACAUCGAACAUCGAGCGUGUCGAGCGUAACUUGACGCCAGUCGUUAUCGAUACAUUAUAUACAUAUAUGGUUUCGGGUGCCAGCUAUUGUAUCUCACUCGCACUUAUCCUCUUUCCUUAUCUCCGUUCAAUUCUAAGAAGUAACCAUAUGCCCACAUAAAUGACCGCGGCCGGUCUCGAGCUUGGUCACUUAUGCGGGCACUACUGUACUUCGUUUAAUAAUUGAAAAUUUUUGUUUCCUUAGAACCACUCAUUUUAUCAUCAAUAAAUUGUGAUUAAUAAUUGCGCAUAAAAUGUAUAAAAUUAAGUACGUAAUUUAAGAAUGGGCGUGAUAGUGCAUUGCAGAAAGAUUCUUUUCCAAUAAGAGGAUAUUUCCUCAACAUGUAAGCUCAUAUGGUUUCUUAUAUUUUUUGCUAGAUAAAUGCAUACAUUUAUAGCAAAUAUUGUAAUACUGUUAUAACUGCUAUCUCUGUGAUUCGAAUAAACAAUAAAUGUAUGUAUUAUGAUGUUAAUUCUCACACGAAUGUAAACAUAUUUUUAUGGAUGUAACUGGGAACAUACAUAAUUACAUGACUUUGAAAUAAAAGUGUCUUUAUGUUUCAUCAGAAGAGAAUUUCUGAAAUGAUGAAUUUUUAUAGAAACA